AUGGUCAAUCACCAGGUCGUAAUUAUAUCCCGACCAAGAUUCAAUGAAGUCAGAGUACCAAUUGCGCCAAAGGUCAUAAUUCAAAAGCCCGUUGCUUUCCUUUAUAAGGAUAGCAAAAGGGUUCCUUGGAAUUACGACUACAACGUAAUGAUCCCGGGAGGGGAGAAUCUAGUUGGCACUUUGGAGAAAGGUCAAGACGAGGGUUUCUAUACACGCAGCGGAAGGCGUUAUACUCCGAACACAAAGGUAGAAUCAGCUAAAGGAAAAUCCAUGGUCGUUGAACAAGAAAAGGAAAAGACGACCAGACCUGAAUCACCCGUCAAUGAACCUGUAACUGAAAAAGAGGCUAAAGAAUUCUUAAAAUUCUUAAAACACAGUGAGUACAGUUUUGUGGAGCAAUUGCACAAACAGCCAGCUCGCAUAUCCGUGCUAGCCUUGCUUUUGAGUUCAGAAACUCACCGAAGUGUAUUGAUGAAGGUUUUAAAUGAAACAUAUGUUGUGGAUGACAUCUCUGUCAACAAACUCGAUCGUCUGGUCAAUAACAUCAGCGCGGAUAAUUUUAUUUUCUUUAAUGAUGAUGAAAUACCACCGGGAGGCUUGGGAUCUAUAAAGGCCUUACACAUUACCACUCGCUGCAAAGGAUACACAUUGAUGGGGGUAUUGAUUGAUAAUGAAUCAGCAUUGAAUGUUAUACCCUUGUCCACGUUAAAUAGGUUGCCAGUGGAUAACUCUCACAUGAAGACAUGUCAAAACGUCGUGAGAGCAUUCGACGGUAUGGAAAGAAAAGUGAUGGGAAGGAUCGAGAUACCUCUCUUAAUUGGACCAAAUACAUACGAGGUGGACUUCUUGAUAAUGAAAAUCAAGCCAUCAUACAAUUGUAUGUUGGGGAGACCAUGGAUUCACUCGGCGGGGGCAGUGCCAUCAUCCCUACACCAAAAGUUAAAGUUGGUAACUGAGGGUAGAUUGGUAACGAUAAAUACGGAGGAAGAUAUUAUUGCAUCUGUCACCAAUGACACACCGUACGUGGGUGCGGACGAUGAGGCGAUAGAAUGUUCCUUUCGAUCGCUAGAAUUCGUCAAUGCUACAUUUAUUGUCGAAGGAAACAAGAUUCUAAUGCCCAAAAUAUCCAAAGCUACGAGGAUGGGCCUGCGACUGACGGUUGGCAAAGGAGCCCUGCCGAGAAGAGGACUUGGAAGGUGCCUCCAAGGAAGGUGCGAGAUACUAAUGCUAAAAGAAAAACGAGACCGCUUUGGCUUAGGAUUCAAGCCAGACGCGAAGCAAAAGAAGAAGGAGCUGGAAAAAAGGUAA